CUUCAUAAAACAUCACAUGCCGCCCUAAAUUCCAUUAUGUCAAUAUUAAUAAAAUUGAUCUAACUAUCUGCGGUAGUCAACGUACACAAAUUAGUAAACCAUAUUGUAUCGUAGUGUGUGUCUGCUUAUAAAUCAACCUUGGCUCCUAUUAAGUUUGUAAAAGCUUGGUGUACCGUAUAGCUGACGUUUGCCUCGAAAAGGACAAAGUUAUGAGUCACCUCUGAUCUCACGGUAUUAUAUUUAAUUUUACGAUUCAGAGAGUUGCACUCUGCAAGACAUUAAAAUGGCUGAAACAGAAGAAAAAGUAGUAAUGACACCUAAAAGUAAAACCCCAACAUCUACCAUAUUGGUGAUUGAAAGAAAAGCUGUUUCCAUACCUGAGCCAAGUGAUAAAAUUCAUGUUGCUGGAGGUGAUCACACAGGAAUAAUUAUAAACAAAGAAAAGGUUUAUGAAAAUGGGUUAUCAGAGCCCUGUCACGCACAGUUAGAAUUUUGUGUAUAUUUGGUGUCUGCAGCUAAUGGUACCCACACAAGAGAAGCAAGAGCCUUACGGUUUUGGUUUAAACCUGAAGUCUCUUUACAUGAAUGUCCACAUGAGGCUCAAGCAUUCUUUAGGGAGCUUGUAAGUCCACAGGAUUUUCCUAAAGAUUAUGUUGGUUUUAUCAAGAAGAUAAUAAAGUUAAUGCAGAACAAAUAUCACUUAUUGAAAGUGUUGGAGGUGGAAUUAAGACAGGAGGGAACAGGUCCACCACCACCAGAGGCAAAUGGUGUGAUAUCGCCAUUUAUUGAUGAUAGUAUAGCAAAUCAAACUCAAUUUUCGGAACAAAGAGUAUUGGAUAUGAUUGAAAAUGCAUACCCAAAUCCGUUGACUGUAGAAGAUUUUGUCACAGCUGGUCCAUGGUCCAAAGCAGAGGUAAAAGUUGCAUUGGAGUCUUUGGAAGAGAAGGGUCUCACUAGACCAAUAUCAGAUGGUCUAUACAUACGGCAGCACAGUGUUGAUACACAGGUAGUGAAACAAAUGCCAACAUUGUGUUCAUCUCGGCAACCAACCAUUGCUGUAGUGACUGCCUUGUACUGCGAGAAGCAGGCUGUUGACGCCAUGAUGGAUAAUCAAGAGACAUAUGUGCGAUUUACAACAGUUGGAGAAUCAAAUGUGUACACCUUGGGUAGUAUUGGCGCUCAUCGCGUGGUUACCACCAAAUUGCCAUCCGUGGGACGGACCCGGGAAGCUAUGACUGCUGCUGGAAAUACUACUACCAGAUUGCUUGGAAUAUUCCAAAAGGUGGAGUACGUAUUUUUGGUUGGCGUUGGUGGUGGCGUACCUCACUAUACGGAUUAUAAGAAACACGUGCGCCUAGGUGACGUUGUUGUUUCCACUCCUGCGCAGGAUUUGCCGGAUAAAUAUGUAUAUGUAUUCUGCGAAAAAGCAGAGCGUAACGAGAAAGGCGGGUGGGACUACGAAAUAAAGCCAUACAAACCAGUGAACUUCCUCUUGCAAGAAUUAGCUCAGAGAAUUUCUCACUCGAAUGGCCUUUGGACUACAUAUGUACAAGAAGGUCUAGAACGUCUUAAGGACCUGCCAGGCCGCUGGGCGGCGCCAGAGCAAGGCACAGAUCGCCUCUGCGUUGAUGUAGGAGAUGGAGCAUUUAUAGAAGUGUCGCAUCCUGCACCAGCCGGUGAAAAAACCCGCGAAUCCCGCGUGCAUUGUGCGCCAGUAGCGGGCGGACGUGCGGUGUCGUGCGGGGGAGAAGUGAGGGCUGCGUUCGCUAAUCACGCGCGCGCUUUGGCCUAUGAUUGCGAACUCGACGCCGUCUUGGACAGCGUAGUUGGCAAUCGGAAGGAUUGCUUUAUAUGUAUUAGAGGUAUAUCCGAUUAUCGUGAUGGCACCCGUGGAAAAGAAUGGCAACCCCACGCUGCUCUCACGGCUGCCGCUGUUAUGAAAACUAUUAUCGCUGCCAUGGAACCACCCACAGAUUAAAAAUAUUACGAACAUAGACCAUAAGAGUAUGACAUCACAUUUUAUGGCCUUUUGCCCUGUGAUUAAAUUCACUAUGAAAUUCGUAUAAUUACGAAAACGUUUGUUGUAAUAAAUUGCAUGAUUUAGA